AUGACCCGGUCUCGUGCUCGCCGCAGCGGCUCCAUUUCGACUGCUUCCACUCCCCUCUCCGCAUCCACAUCGGCAUCGGUUUCCCCCUCGAUGUCGUCCUCGUCGACUUCGCUCUCGUCGAUGGGUGGAGACGAGAAGCCGGGCAAGCCCAUGGUCGACACCUACGGCAACACGUUCGAGAUGCCCGACUUCACCAUCAAGCAGAUCCGUGAUGCUAUCCCCAAGCACUGCUUCCAGCGGUCAGCCCUGAAAGGACUGGCCUACGUCGCCCGUGAUCUCGCCUACAUCUCGGCCAACUUCUACGCCUUCAACUGGCACAUCAUGCCCGCUCUCGAGGGUGCCCCGUUGAUUGCUCGUGCCGCCGCCUGGGGUGUUUACGGUUUCGUGCAGGGCCUGUUUGGAACCGGAGUGUGGGUGCUGGCCCACGAGUGUGGUCACCAGGCCUUCUCGGAGUCCAAGAUCGUCAACGACACUGUCGGCUGGGUCCUCCACUCGUCGCUGCUCGUGCCCUACUUCUCCUGGAAGAUCUCGCACGGAAAGCACCACAAGGCUACCGGUAACCUCGAGAAGGACAUGGUCUUCGUGCCCAAGUCCCGCCUCGAGUACGCCCGUCGCUACGCCGGCGGCAUCGCCCACGAUAUCGCCGAGCUGACGGAAGAGACUCCGAUCGCUACCCUCAUCCACACCAUCGCUCAGCAGCUUCUCGGCUGGCUGAUGUACCUCUUCACCAACGUCACCGGCCACAACUACCACCAGCGCCAGAAGGAGGGCCGCGGUGUCGGAAAGCGCAACGGCUACUUCGGAGGCGUCAGCCACUUCGACCCCCGCUCGCCCCUCUACGAGGCCAAGGACGGCAAGCUGAUCAUCCUCUCCGACAUCGGUGUCGCCCUCACCGGCUACGUCCUCUACCUGGCCUGCCAGAAGUGGGGUGCCGCCAACAUCGCUCUCUGGUACGGAAUCCCCUACCUCUGGGUCAACCACUGGCUGGUUGCCAUCACCUUCCUGCAGCACACCGACCCGUCGCUGCCGCACUACUACCCCGAGGCCUGGAACUACUGCCGCGGCGCCGCCGCGACCAUCGACCGCGAAUUCGGCUUCAUCGGCCGCCACCUGAUGCACGGCAUCGUCGAGACACACGUGCUCCACCACUUCAUCCCGCUGAUCCCGUUCUACCACGCCGACGAGGCGUCGGAGGCCAUCAAGCCCGUCAUGGGCAAGCACUACCGCGCCGACGUCGAGGGCGGCACCCUCGGCUUCAUCAAGGCCAUCUGGAAGUCGGCCCGCUGGUGCCAGUGGGUCGAGGAGAGCGAGGGAACUACCGGCGAGGCGUCGGAUGUAGUCUUCUUCCGCAACCGCAACGGUCUCGGCGUUAAGCCCCUCGCCAAGGAUCAGCUCAAGCCUAGACCUAACGAGGUCCAGAACAUGAUCGAUGUUGGCGCUAUCAGGAAGGAGGACGCGGGGCUUUAG